AUGAUUGGGACCGAAACAAAACCUCGGACAAAGGACUGCUCCUGGUUUGCUUUUUAUUUGGCUUUACCCCUGCUGUUCGUAAAUGAGGCUGUGGCUCAGAUACGGUACUCUAUUCCAGAGGAGGUAAAAGAAGGGACUGUUGUUGGAAAUAUUGCCAACGAUCUUGGGCUUGACAUCUCCUCGCUGAUUGCUCGACGGUUCCGCGUUGUAUCUGGAAGUAAGGACGCUAUUUUUGAAGUAAACCAGGGUAAUGGCGCUCUGUACGUCAACAAGCAUAUUGACAGAGAGGAGCUGUGUCAGGGAGGAGGUGCCUGCCUAAUGGAGCUCAAAAUCCUUGUUGAAUCUCCUUUGGAAUUACACUACGUAGUUGUAGAAAUUACUGAUGUAAAUAACCAAUCUCCUAGUUUUCCUGAAAGGGAACAGAUAUUCGAAAUAGGUGAGCACACAUUACCAGGAAAGCGAUUUCAACUGCACACUGCUCGAGACCCCGAUGCUGGAGUUAACUCAAUUCGUACAUACAUUUUAACAUCCAAUGAACAUUUUGAAGUAGAUAUCCGCCAAAGUGAUGAGGAUAAAAUACCUUUUUUAGUGCUGAAGAAAUCGUUGGACAGAGAACAAACGAACAAACACACGCUGCUGGUUACUGCCGUUGAUGGAGGAAAACCUCCAAAAUCAGGCACACUUAAUGUUUCUAUUAUUGUUCUGGAUAAUGCAAAUGAUAAUCGCCCUGUGUUUAGCAAAGAUAUAUACACGGUGUCAUUAGAUGAAAAUGCCCCAAUAGGAAGCCUUGUUGUAAGAAUAAAUGCUACAGAUUUAGAUGAAGCUUUAAAUAGUGAAAUCGAAUACAUGUUUGGAAAAACGCAAAAGAAAAAAGUGCAAGACACAUUUGAAUUAGACAGCGUCACUGGGGAGAUUCGAGUGAAAGGAAAAGUAGACUUUGAGGACGCGGAGAUUUAUAGACUAGAUCUGCAAGCUUCAGAUAAAGGCCAGCUUCCUUGGACGGCCGAAAGCAGAGUUGUGAUAAAAAUAAACGAUUUGAAUGAUAACAAGCCAGACAUUGAGGUAACAUCAUUGUCUAAGAUAGUCCCAGAAGAUUCAAAGCCUGGCACAGUCAUAUCACUCAUCAGUGUUAACGACAGAGAUGCAGGGGUUAACGGAAAGGUUAUUUGUAAAAUAUUAGAAAAAGUUCCGUUUGAUUUGACGCCAUCCAUUGAGGAAAACAUGUAUUCCCUUGUCACAAAGGGGCGUUUAGACAGAGAAAUUGUGUCCCAUUAUGACAUCACAAUAACAGCGACUGACUGCGGGGAACCUCAACUCUCCACUGUAAAAACCUUGAGUGUUCAGGUGUCAGAUGUAAACGACAACAGGCCACAUUUUAGUCAGAAUCGAUUGGAACUUUAUUUGGUAGAAAACAAUGCCCCUGGUGGAUCAAUAUUUACUGUAAGUGCAGCUGAUAAUGAUCUGAAUGAAAAUGCAGCAAUAACAUAUCACAUUGUCAGAGGCGAUGGCCUACUUCGUGAUAUGACAUCUUUCUUAAAUAUCAACUCUGAAACUGGAGAUAUUUUGGCGCUGAAAAGCUUUGACUUUGAGACUCUGAAAACGUUCCAGUUCCAAGUUGUUGCCACAGAUUCUGGAACUCCGUCACUAAGCAGCAACGUCACAGUGCACGUGUUCAUUCUGGAUCAGAACGACAACGCUCCAGUCAUCCUGUAUCCGGUCAGCUCUAACGGAUCUGCUGAAGGUGUGGAGGAGAUUCCCCGCAAUGUGAAUGCAGGACACUUGGUGACUAAAGUCAGAGCCUAUGACGCUGAUAUAGGAUAUAACGGCUGGUUACUGUUCUCACUGCAGGAAGUCACUGACCACAGUCUCUUUGGUUUGGACCGCUAUACAGGACGGAUCAGAACACUUCGCUCAUUCACAGAGACAGACGAGGCUGAGCAUAAACUGAUCAUACUGGUGAAAGACAAUGGCAAUGUUUCCCUGUCAGCAACAGCUACUGUGGUUGUCAAACUUGUGGAGCCCAGAGAGGCUUUUGCUGCUGCUGAUGUUAAAAGUGCAACAAAAGAUGAUGAGGAUAAUAAUGUGACUUUUUACCUGAUGAUAACUCUGGGCUCAGUGUCAACACUUUUUCUCAUCAGUAUCAUCAUGCUGAUUGCAAUGCAGUGCUCUAAAUCCACAGACUACACUUCUAAAUAUCUCCAAGAGACUAACUAUGAUGGGACACUGUGUCACAGCAUCCAGUACAGAUCUGGAGACAAGCGGUACAUGUUAGUUGGACCCAGAAUGAGUAUAGGAUCUACUAUAGUCCCAGGCAGCCAUGCCAACACACUGGUGCUUCCUGACAGGAGGGGGACAUCCACAGAGGACUAA